UAAAUUGAGCAUUAAUUGCGUAAAGCGUAUGAACGAUUGCGUACAUUUGAAAUUAUUAGUUUGUAUUUCUUUGAGAAUAGUUAAAAAUUUCCACCAUCUUCUUAUUUUACUUUGUACAAACAUUGCUUCUUUUUAAUACAAAUUAGAUGACUAAUGUAGAUACAUCAGACUAGGUAGAUUACUAAUCUAGAUUGUCUAGAGUUAGAUCUAGUAAUAAUCUACUUAAGCUAAUCAACUUAUCAUGAUCAAGACCUGGUGGUAGCCAUAGUCAUGUAUUUUUUAAAAGUGUUUUUCAAUUAUUAAUGUCAGUCUACAAGACAUGCUCAGGUUACAAACUCUGUUCGCUGUUUGGUCAAUGAUAGUCAACUCUAUCGCUGUAGAUCAGAAGAACGCCCCAAGCUCCUAUGGCAGCCUACAUUAUUUUCUCUUUCCUAACUUCACCGUAAAUGUGAACGAAUCUGGCAUAUCGCUGUACAUAGUGACUCUGGCAACCGAAAAGUGUACGGUGUCUAUUAAUUACGGAGAGACGAACUUGGUUAAGGGGACACUACAAAGUACGGAGCCUUUCAACUAUCAGAUGGAAUUGAAAAACAUACAUGGUGCGAGUCCCAAGCAGUCCCAGGUGAUAAAGCCAUUCAAAGUGAUUAGCGACGAGACCUGUCCGACAGCGUUGACCGUCUAUGUAAUGGCCAGCAAAAAAAGCAUGGCGUCUUUUCAAUCUGUGCCGGUGUCCUCUUGGGGCAGGAAAUACGUAGUCAUGACACUAAAUCACAAUCCAUCGGUCCAGAUCUUUACAGUUGAGAACCAGCAAUUAUGGAUCAACAUGCAGUGUUCAAAGCCAUGUCACAAGUUCUUUAGCCCUAAACUCAAAGCCUUUACUAACGGAAGCAAUAUCAUUAGCAGUGAGCAGGCCUUCACAAUAUCGUUUUGUUUUCAAGACUAUCACGGGAGCUUAUCAGGUACGAAAAUCCAUGGUGAAAAGCCUUUAGGUGUAAUAUCUGGGAAUUGUCUGGCCAAAACUGAAAUAGAGAAUUGCGAUACUCCAGGGAAAUUUCAUGACGCAGCAACUGACGGAGACUUAGCCACAGAAAUGCUGAUGCCCUACCAAAAUUUUGGGAUGGAAUUCAUUGCCAUCACCACAUCUAAACCUGGCAUGAGGGACACAUCUGGAGAGAACCAGUUAUAUGCACUGAUGCCCAGUACUUUUAUUACUCUAGACAUGAAAAAAAAGACUCGUAACGUGACUAUGCGAGACGCUGGUGUAAUCUAUUCCUAUUCCAUGACAACGGCAGAGUUUCCACAUAAAAUUACCAGUAACAAGCCGAUACAAGUGCUGUACAUUCAGAGAUCCCCCUGUGCCAAAAACCCCGCUGGCACUAGCCAUGACCUUGGGGACGUGGCGGUAACCUUGCUUCUUCCAAACGACAUGUUCUUCCACAUUUACUCCUGGAGGUCCAACAUCUUGCAAUUCAAUUAUGUUAUUAUAGUCAAACAGAAGAGCUCUGAUGUCUUCUCGGGUGCUGGUGACAAUGUCAAGCAGUUAAUUACCUUAUGGUAUAACGCUAGCACAAACUGGGAAACGGGGGACAUUGAGUCCAACAAAUUCACCUCAGCGUAUAGCACUAGCGACCACACCUUUGGUUGCUACAUCUUCGGCUAUGACGAUAAAGUGAGCUACAUGCAUUCGGCUGCUACCGUCUAUAGCUACGAGUGCGUAAAACAAGCUGAGAGUCAAAGAAAACCUUCUGAUAAUAUUGACAAUGAUUGUGAUGGAGAGAUAGAUGAGGAAAUAGACGACGAACAAGAUGAUGAUCAUGAUUUUGAGAUUGACGAAGACGUAAAAUCUAAAUUUUUCGGAUUCUGGACGGAGUGGACCACCUGGGAUUGCAAUAAGCCUUGUGUUGGCAGUAAAAGCGUGGACAGGAUUAGAUUCUGUAAACGUAUAGACAGCGCCCAGGGUCAGUACUGCACAGGCUCCAAUGAAGAGAGAAAGGAAUGCUCCAAAUGUACUAUUGAUAAAGAUUCCUGCCCAUCUCGACACUGGGGGGCCAGCUGUGAAAACAGCUGUGCUAACUGCCAAGAGAACUGCUCCAGGACCGAGGGAGUCUGCCGUAAAUGUGUGGCUGGGUUUAAAAACCCACAUCAUGCUUGCACUGAAGCCUGUGACCACUUUAUGUUUGGAGAGAACUGUCUCUCGAGCUGCAUGCAGAAAUGUCCCUCGGAUUGUGACCGAGUGGAUGGAACAUGUCACAAAAACUCGAAUGUGUACUACUGGUUUCUUUUGAUCUUAGUUGUACCAAUCGCUGCCAUCACGUACAUUUUGUUGAAAAGAAGAAGCAGAGAAAAGGAUGAUAGCCCUUCGACCUCAGCAACGUCCAGCAAGCUGAACACGUCAAAGACAUCUGUAACUUUAGCCACAACUAUCAUGACCUUAAAAACUAACAGUUACUUCGACAGUACUGUAACAACCAACAGCUGACAGAGACCAACUUGGAUCGCAUUUAUAGCUACUGAGGAGAAGAAGCACUGCUACAGAAUGCCAUUUAAUAAAAUAAAAUUCUUUGUAGGAAAUAUACUAUGAAUUCGGUA